GCGCGCCCCAUGGGGAACGCUUGCGCGAGCCCGUCGACUGGCAACGCCAGCGAGGCGAUCACGCCAGCCAACGAGGAUGAGCGCAAGAUGAUCAAACUCGGCUUGGGUGAGAACGCCAAGAUUCAUGGACCUUCGUUUCCCAGGAUCGAGCUCGCGAGCGAGAAGAGCUUCCUCGAUUGCGUCAUGCAGCACUUCUACAAGUUUGGCAACAGAGAGGCAAUAGUCAACGGAACCACCGGAGAGGUUAUUACUUUCUCGGCGCUCAAGUCCGCCGUCAAGGUCUGCUCUGGCGGCCUCCAGUCCCGCGGGCUCAAGAAGGGGGAGGUGUUCGCGAUCUUCGCGCCGAACACUCCAGAG